AUGUCCAUAUCCAUGUCCUGCCGGCUGUCGCACGUUGUCCUCAGGUCCUCAGACAUACAAUCCUUGUGGCUAACGAGCUGGUUUGGCUCCCACAACAACAACAACAACAGCAGCAACAGCAACAGCAACAGCAACAACAAAAACAGAAGAAGGAAGCAGCAAAAAGACGCCGGCGCUGUCGAUGCUGGCGUUUACACGCUACAACAGCCGCAUAAAUUUCCGCUUCAAUUGGACGUGUACGGCGGUAAUUGCAGCUUUGAUUACCAGCAACACGAACUGCCAUCCGGACAUUACCAACAACAGCAGCAACAACAACACCGACAACGACAACUAGAACGCGCCGCAUCAGCAGCUCAAGAGCAAUCAACACUUUCCAUACAGCAUCUAAAACAGCUGAAAAAUCAGGGCAAACGGCAGCAGGAACAGCAGGCGAAGCAGUGGAGAUUUUUAAGAAAUUCCUCCGAUAUUAACGAGACGAAAUUUAUUGAAAGUUCAGCGGCUCAAACAAUGGACGAUAUGGUUUAUCAAUGCAGCAAUCAGAACUCGAUUUACGUGCUCAAUGCCGGCUACAAUCCAACAUAUGGUGAGUUUGGCGCACAUGCGUUGGCAGCAACAGGGCGUGAAAUGAAUGGCAGCAGCAGCAGCGGCAGCAGGACAGCCAGCAAUUCAAUUGGGGCAAGUUGUUCAAGUGCCGCCUGCAGUUUGCAGCAUAAAUUCAAAACUUUUGGCACAGCCAACGGCAACUCGUCAGCAGCGGCAGCAACGGCAGCAACAGCCACAUCAACAAUAGCAAACCCAGCAGCAGCAGCAACAACAACAACAACUAGCUACGUAAAUCCGGUCGCUACAUCAAUGUCAACCGCAAUGUGUUCACCGGCAACGGCAGCGCUGCAGAAAUUGUUCAAUUGCAACGUCACAGUCGGUGGCGGCGGAUCCAUUGGCGACAACUGCCAAAAUGUCAGCCACAGAAAUCAGCAGCAGGGCCACAGCAACACUAACAACAACAACAAUUGCCCAGUCGGGAGCCAUAACAAUAGCUGCCUGUCAGCAACAGCCUCGCAUAGAUGCCGCUGCGUUGCGCACGAGGACGCUGCAAAUGGAACUGCCAUUGGAAAUGGAAAUGGGAGUGGAUGUGGAUGUGGAUGUAAAAGUGGAUGUGGAAGUGGAAACGGUGUGGCAACAGCAGCAGGUGCACUUCCGUUGCUUGGCGCCGUGGCCAACAGGAAGAAAUGCACCAAUGUCAAAUCAACGCUUAUUGCCAAGAAGACAAAGUUUUUGAAAAUUCUCGAAGAAGAGAAAUGGCGCAGCAACCAGCAGCAGCAGCAGCUGACACCGGAUGAGGCGGAAGCUUGCGGUGCCACACAGCAGCCCAGCAGGGCCAACAGCAAUGGGGCGGAUCCCCACGCAGCGGCCGCAUCAUCAUUUGCAGCUCACUCAGCCGGCAAGGAUAACAACAGCAACAUGAAAAAUCACAACAGCAACAACAACAACAACAACAGUCAAGAGGCAGCAGGCGUGGGAGCUGGAGCUGGAGUUGGAGCAGAACAACAGCAAAAUAAAUUGAACAAUUGGAGCAUGCAUAAUGACAACAACAACAAGUUGGCCAACUACACGCAACAACAGGAACGCGGUGCAGGCGAACGGAAGCUGGAGAGUUAUAAACAAGCCAACAGGUCCUCCAGCUAUGAGCUGUACCAGGAGGCGGCGGAGAUACUAGGACUGAGCUGCAGCCUCUGUGAUAAUUGCCGUUGCUUGGACUGCCAGAGCGGGUACUUUGAUUGCGCCGAUGAUGAUGACGAGAGCUACUCGGAGCAAUCACUGAUGGAUGAGUACGACGAUGAAUACGACUAUGGCUACGGCUACGAAGAGCAGAUGCUGCUCCCGGCCGGCCACACUAAUCAGUCAGCCAUGACACAGGCGGAGGGGCAACGGGAGCGAGACUCGGAACAGGAGCAGCAGUUGGAGCUGUGCUAUGCAGUUGAUUGCCAACAGAAUUGCAGCAAAGUUGACGGCCCAUCAGAGUCGCAGGAGUCCGGAUCCGAGUGGAUGUCGAAGUCUGAACAACGCUUGGCCAUAGAUUUUGAUUUAAUUAAUGCAACCAGCAGCCAAGUGCUGGAAAAUUGUUCAACAUUCAACGAUUUAAGUUUAUUGGAUGCCGAACAGCAAGCGAAGCCAUUUACGUAAAUUAAGAUGAUUAACCGAAAACCAAAUGAAAAAUAUAUAUAAAAAAAAAAAGAAAAGAAAAACGCAUAUAAAAUGUCAACAAGACGCAGCUAAUUAAAUUUCAACUGAAUAAAGCAUGUUAAUUGCAUCUGACACUCACAAACAGUGCGUGCAAAUAGUACACACACAACAGAUAUGUGUGUGUGUGUGUGUGUGCUUUUCAUUUAGUUUUCCAAUUAAAUUGCAACACGCCAAAGGCAACAGUCAACAGGCAGAAAGUUAAGAGUGCGGAAAUUGAAACAAGUAAAAGCAUGAAUAUGAUAUUAAAGAGAAUUGAAUACAAAUAGAAAAUUAUAAUCGCCAUAUACACAAUAUAUAUAUAUAUAUAAUAACCUAUACGCAAUUGCACUUUAUGAUAUUUGUUUAUUGGAUUUCCACUUCGAAAGAAACAAAUAAACCAAAUACUGUGCCAACUUAUCAACAAAAAAAAAAAAAAACACAAAUAGAAUGAAACCCUAAACAAAAUCUAGAAAUAUUAUGAAGUUAGCGUGUAACAUGAAGCUAAAUAUUAACUGGUAGUUAAAUGAUGAAUGUUGAUGUUAGUCAUGCAUAUAUACAAACGUAUAUAUAUUUAUCUAUAUAUAUAUAUAAAUAAUUAAAUAAUUAAUGUGAGUAAUUCGAAUUGUUGUAUUGAAUCGGAGAAACUUUCUUGUGUCUGGUGCUUUUUAUUCGUUUUAUUGAUUUCAAAUCAGAAUAUAUAUGUUUGAAAA